CGACCACGCUUGUACAUUACAUUACAACUCGACUGCCGCUACACUCAGCAUCUUUUGGAAAAUAUGAAGUCGGUUUUGUGUAUUGUUGUGAUUUCUCUGUCUUUGAUACCUGUGACCAUCAGUGGGUCUAUGCGAUGUCCGAAACCCUGGGUAAAGGUCCAUAGGGCAUGUUACAAGUUCGUGAAAGAAUACGAAACAUGGGACUCUGCCACAGCCAAAUGUCUAGAGGAUGGUGCCAACCUCGCCUCAAUCGGAUCCAUGGCCGAGAAGAUUAAGAUGAUGAGACACUUGACGCAAAUAAUAAGAAAACCCAACCAGGACCGUUGGUGGGUGGGGCUACGUCAUAACGAAAGUCGCUCCGUCUGGCGGUGGUCGGACGGCGCGGAGCUCAACAGAAGAGUCACGCCAUGGAGUCCGGGCGAGCCUAACAAUGGGCGUGGUGACGAGUUCUGUGCCGAGUUCCAAAUCCGUGGCAAACUCAACGACGUGCAAUGCAGUACGCAACGGUUUUAUAUCUGUGAAUGGAAUCAAAUUACUCCUCCACCAACGCCAUCAACCACAUCUGUUCCGUUGACCACUACCCGGAAGCAAGCGACCACUACAACGACUUCCGCCACCACUAGCACUACCACCGUGAGGACUCUUACGAAAGUUACACCGGCCAAACAUCCGAAAACGAAUACCACUAUGGACAGUAUCGGAAGUACUGCACAAGUACAAACGUCGGAGGGACCCAUUACAACGGAAACGACGGACCCGCACAUAAUGUCAUUUUCUAGAACAAAACCGUUUGUAAGAGUAACGCCGUCUACGGUUUUAAACAUUCUUGAAGAAAAUGAUUCAACGGAAAUGGAUGAACACAUUCCUUCAACCACUUCACUGGACAUAGACUAUCCGAUAAACCAUGAGAGAAUUAGCACAAAGACGCCAGCACCUAGAUAUCAAACACAUUGUCCAAGACGUGUGGCUUAUGGAUUAGUUUGGCCUGAAACCGAACAAGGCGAAAGCCGGACAAUUCCUUGCGAGAAAGGGUCAGGAACGGCAACGUGGCAUUGUGGACGGAACCCUGUAAGAUGGACAAAGAAACCGGACACAGAAGCAUGCGCAUCAAAACAGUUCAAAGACCUAAUGCUGAGAGUUUCCCCUGGGAAGGCGGACACGUCCCCAAUUGUUACAAAGGAAGCUAUAAAUAUAGCAAAAGACUUAGUCCGGAAAACAGAUGCUUCAAAUCCAAUGACCGCGGCAGAUCUCUCCAUCUCAACAACUAUACUCCGAAAAGUGACAAACGUCCGACCGAAGACUAAAUCCGAGGCUGUUACACUGGUUAAGGAGUUAGUGAAGGCUGGGAGUAAUCUGGUGGCAAAUACUGAAAAGUCAGCGGACGUCAGACAGCCAGACAAACGUCGAGCGGCCGCAAGCAUUCUGUCCGCCAUGGAGGACAGCACGACGUCUAUGGCGGAGGCAAUACAAGUUCCAACCGUUAUCAAAACUUCCACAGAAAAAUUAGAAUUGGAGCUAUACGUCGUCAAUACGAGCGACGUGUCGGAUGCUCUGAUAUGUGGUGCCGACGAGGGUAAGGACAGUAAAGAAGACGGCGACAAGGUUUCCAUCCCAGCGUCCGUACUUCAGCAACUCAGCACAGAUGACCUGUCCAAAGUUGUUUUUAUGAAGCAUUCUGACAUUGGCGAGUUUCUGGUGUCUGAGAAUGAGUCUAACGCCACACCACAGAUAGCCAGUGACGUCAUCAGUGUAUCGAUUGGUCACGCCGAUACCAGCAAACUCAUUGAGCCUGUUACAUUUUCACUGAAGCUGUUACAGCAAAUCGAUGAUGAAUACGUUCCUCUUUGCUCAUUCUGGAAUUUUUCGGAAGGGGAAUCGGGGAGCUGGUCCCAGAUCGGAUGUGACGUAACAGCUAAAACUCCCUAUCGUGUCACGUGUCAGUGUAACCACCUCACAAGCUUCGCUAUUCUACUUGACGUAUCUGGUGUGGCGAUGUCCAGCCAUCAUCACUCCAUACUACGGUACAUCACUUUUGUUGGGUGCAUCAUUUCUCUCCUCAGCCUCUUUACGAGCUGGCUAACAUUCAACUGUCUCAGCCCGCUUCAAGGCGAGAGGAAUUCCAUCCAUAAAAAUCUUGUCUUCUCGCUGUUUGCCGCUGAAUUGACCUUCCUUGUUGGUGUCGACCAGACGGAUAAGCAGGUGUCCUGUGCAGUUAUCGCCCUUUUACUUCACUUCUUCUUCCUGUCCGCUUUCACAUGGAUGUUAAUGGAGGCAGUUCAGAUCGUCAUUAUGUUGGUCCAGGUUUUCGACACAGCCAAGUCCAACCUGAAGUACUUCUAUCUUGCUGGAUAUGGUAUUCCGAUAGUGAUAGUAGCCACAACUGCUGGAAUCGAUUUCACUGCAUACGGCACACCCCAAUAUUGCUGGUUGACGACGGACCGAUACUUUAUCUGGAGUUUUGCAGGUCCAGUCGCAGCGGUCCUGCUGGUGAAUGCUGGUAUUUUGACUUAUGCAAUGAGCACAGUAUGCCGCCAUUCCGAUUAUGUGUUUUCAAGAGAAAAGGCCAAUGCUGGGAAUUUUAAGGCCUGGAUCCAAGGAGCAUUCGCAUUGGAGGUUCUGCUCGGUCUUACCUGGGUGUUUGGAUAUUUCUUCCUGAAUGAGGAAACUGUCACCAUGGCUUACAUAUUUACAGUAUUAAACAGUCUCCAAGGACUUUUUAUCUUCAUUUUCCACUGUUUACUCAAUAAAAAGGUUCGAAAUGAAUAUAAAAAGUUAGUGCAUAUCAGUAAAAAGGCUCCUGCACUCUCGUCCACGAAGUCGGCAUCUCUUCGCAAGAACGAUGGAUCCUAUGCACUUUAAUUGAAUCAGUAUGACACCUCUACUUCUGCUCAAAAACAACCGACACUAUUACGUUUUCUUCAUUGGGCUUAUGCAAUUGGAAUCAUGAGGAUAAUCACUGGACCAUAGAGAGAAAAUGAACGGUUGUUUGAUUUAAGAUUAAAUCAUUAGAGAGAAAAUGAACGGUUCUUUGAUUUAAGAUUAAAUCAUUAGAGAGAAAAUGAACGGUUCUUUGAUUUAAGAUUAAAUACACAGAGAGAAAAUGAUUUAAUUUAAGAUUUAAGAUUAAAACGGACAAAUUUGAUGCAUUUGUAUCCACGUAGUGUUAUUUUUCUUUCUACGGCGUUUACAUAUGUAAAUUGCGGUGUAAUAUGGUCUCGCUCAUUGCACGAGCAAAACCCUAACUCAGAGUGGAACAAUGUCUGUUAAUUUACUCUGGUUGUAUUCCUUAGAAAUGCUGUGGACAUGGCUACAGUUUUAUCUGGUACUGUAUGAAUUCCUUAGUGCCUGUGUUUGUGCAAUGUCUUUGUAAGCUUGUUUAUCUCAUCUAGCCUUAGAUCAAGUGUUUUUCGAAAACUACACAAUCAAUUAUUGACACGGUAAUAUAUUCACCACGUCAUUGGUUUUGAGGGUUUUGUUGUAAAUAUUUCCACAUUUGUAUGUGUAAAUAGUUCGGUGUAUUAUUUGGUGUACUUCCACGUUUUUGAUUUAAGUGCAUGAUACCUAUUGUGUUCGUCAGUAUAACUGAUGUACUUUGCUUUUGUAUAUUGUUAUACGUUACGUUUUGUGAUAUCUUAGCCCAAUGAUGUGUUCAGUUUCUUUCAUCAUACUUGAAAUCUAUACAUAAUAAUCUAUGACUUAUUUCUGAAUUCCGUGCAUACUUUACGGUCCAGUGUUUUGAAUCAAUCUUACAUGCAAGUUAUUAUUUUUUUUUUUUUUUGCCUUUUCGUCUUCUAAGCCGAAUCUGUAGGGCAAAUUCCACACAAGAGUGGUUUUGAAAUAAUAACGCCCGAUGGUGGAGUACUUUCAUUGAAAAAAUCGUGUCUUUAAAGAUGGGAUUACUAGAGCACAUUUUGCAAAAGAUAAUUUCUGAGAGCUAGCUAUCAUUAUUGCCACUUUAGAAACUUUUGGUCGCAGGGAAUCAGUGACACAAUUAGAACGUUUUACGGUACUGUUUGUAUAGAAGUUAAUAUUGAGGAUGUGAAUUUGAAGAUAUAACGUUAUGCAAUUCUCGUUUAGAUUAGUUUUUAUUACGUUUUAAUUAAUUAUUAUUAUUGUGUCAUUAUGUUUGCGAAAUAGUGUUUUUCCACAAUGCUGGUUGCACGUACAAAGCAUUUUAGAUAAUUUUAAUGUCAUGAUUCAUAGUGAGGGUACGAAAGUGUUGCUUCAAAAUUUAUGAAACCAUAAGUGAUAUGUCGCCAGGAGAAAAGUCAUUCGUGCACGAUAAUGAUGCUAUUUAUAGGAUUUACAGAGUGGAGUUGUUAGAAGAUCUUUCCUGUGGAACAGUAAUGUAGCGCUGUUGAAGUUAUUCCAACACUUAGCAUUUAUAUAUCAGCAGUUUUGAAUUUUGUUGUAAACAGGUACAUACAGCUAAUUCAAAAGAAAAAAGAAAACUUUGAUACAUGCGGUACUUUCAAAGAAGGUUUUGUAAAGUCAACGUUUAACUUUAAUUUUGGACGUCAUCAAUAAAUAAUACUUUAUUGAUAUAUAUAUAUAUAUAUAUAUAUAUGAUAACAGCACAUCAGUUGGUGCAUACAUCAUAUUGCUAGUGUUCGCAUGUACAAGGCAAUGCCUCACCGUGUGGCGAAUUAUGAUUUAUUUUAACCCCUUGCGAGAAUGACCUUUUUUUCGAUAAUGCUUUAUCAUAUAAAUAAAAGAUACUGCUUGUAAAUUGUUAACAUGAAAAUCAUUAUAUGUCUCUAGUAACUUUUGAUUUGCUUAAGUUUGGAAGUUGAAUUCUCAACAACAGAAACGAUGUAUAGCUCUCUAGAUAAAGAAUGAUAUGCAGAAGGAAAAUGUCUGUCGCCUAGUAUAGUGACAUCGGGUUUAGUGUUCUAAGGGGAAACAAGCUGGUCGCCUAGUAUAGUGAUAGCGGGUUAGUGUUCUAAGGGGAAACAAGCUGGUCGCCUAGUAUAGUGACAUCGGGUUAGUGUUCUAAGGGGGAAACAAGCUGGUCGCCUAGUAUAGUGAUAGCGGGUUAGUGUUCUAAGGGGAAACAAGCUGGUCGCCUAGUAUAGUGACAUCGGGUUAGUGUUCUAAGGGGGAAACAAGCUGGUCGCCUAGUAUAGUGAUAGCGGGUUAGUGUUCUAAGGGGGAAACAAGCUGGUCGCCUAGUAUAGUGACAUCGGGUUAGUGUUCUAAGGGGGAAACAAGCUGGUCGCCUAGUAUAGUGACAUCGGGUUAGUGUUCUAAGGGGGAAACAAGCUGGUCGCCUAGUAUAGUGACAUCGGGUUAGUGUUCUAAGGGGGAAACAAGCUGGUCGCCUAGUAUAGUGACAUCGGGUUAGUGUUCUAAGGGGAAACAAGCUGGUCGCCUAGUAUAGUGAUAGCGGGUUAGUGUUCUAAGGGGGGACAAGCUGGUCGCCUAGUAUAGUGACAUCGGGUUAGUGUUCUAAGGGGAAACAAGCUGGUCGCCUAGUAUAGUGACAUCGGGUUAGUGUUCUAAGGGGGAAACAAGCUGGUCGCCUAGUAUAGUGAUAGCGGGUUAGUGUUCUAAGGGGAAACAAGCUGGUCGCCUAGUAUAGUGAUAGCGGGUUAGUGUUCUAAGGGGAAACAAGCUGGUCGCCUAGUAUAGUGAUAGCGGGUUAGUGUUCUAAGGGGAAACAAGCUGGUCGCCUAGUAUAGUGAUAGCGGGUUAGUUUUCUAAGGGGGAAACAAGCUGGUCGCCUAGUAUAGUGACAUCGGGUUAGUGUUCUAAGGGGAAACAAGCUGGUCGCCUAGUAUAGUGAUAGCGGGUUAGUGUUCUAAGGGGAAACAAGCUGGUCGCCUAGUAUAGUGACAUCGGGUUAGUGUUCUAAGGGGGAAACAAGCUGGUCGCCUAGUAUAGUGACAUCGGGUUAGUGUUCUAAGGGGGAAGCAAGCUUGUCGCCUAGUAUAGUGAUAGCGGGUUAGUGUUCUAAGGGGGGACAAGCUGGUCGCCUAGUAUAGUGACAUCGGGUUAGUGUUCUAAGGGGGAAACAAGCUGGUCGCCUAGUAUAGUGACAUCGGGUUAGUGUUCUAAGGGGAAACAAGCUGGUCGCCUAGUAUAGUGAUAGCGGGUUAGUGUUCUAAGGGGAAACAAGCUGGUCGCCUAGUAUAGUGACAUCGGGUUAGUGUUCUAAGGGGAAACAAGCUGGUCGCCUAGUAUAGUGACAUCGGGUUAGUGUUCUAAGGGGGAAGCAAGCUUGUCGCCUAGUAUAGUGAUAGCGGGUUAGUGUUCUAAUGGGGAAACAAGCUGACACUAUUACUUAAGUAUUUGAUUAUGUCUGUGUGUUUAAUGUAGAUACAUGAUGAAUAAACUCGUUAUUUUUGUAGGUA